ACAGGGACAGGCAGGAGGUCCCCGACAUGAAGAUGGCCUCGUACUUCAGGAGGACGGAGCUGUUCAUGGACGACAUGAAACACGGGAACGUUUCACUGAAGAUCCUGAAUGUGUCGGAGGAAGACAACGGCAGAUACAGAUGUUUCAUCCCCAAGCUGCGGAGCGGAGUCAAGUCUGCAAUCGUUGAACUUAUAGUCGGUCAGAAGAUUUGUUCAAUCCAAACUGAACUUUCAGACUUGGAAUCAUGCUUUGUGUAUUAUUUUAACUCAUUUCCAAACUUUCAGUCUCAUUUUAUCAGCUUAUUAUAACUCUAGUGUUUAUGGUCUUUUUAGAUCCAAAUUUUGCUAAAACCUCCACAACGGAGACGCCAUUGCACUUCCAAACUCCAGAUCCUCAGGACGCAACUCCAGCAAACGGUGAGAAGUCAAAUUUUCUCUGUGUCACUUGUGUUUGGGUGACAUUUUUUUGUCCAUUUGUGGUAACCUUGUUUAUUUCUCGUCUACGUCAGCAGGUCGAUCCAGGGUCUCUGUGGUCGCCGUUGUCAUCACCUUCAUGUCGGUUCUGGUUGUCGUCGCUUUUUCUGCAUGUUUCUCUCGCUGCCUUCAUCAGAAAUUAAAUGUAAGUAAGAAACAAAUAAAACACAAACAUGUUGUUGCUUCCUGUUAGACUGACUCAUUAUUCAAUUUUUUUCAACAGAAGCUUUCAGAAGGCAGAACGACCCAAAGCCAAGUAUAACUAUUCCAGGUGCCUUGCUAACGUUGGUGUUAAUGGAGCCGAGACCAUUUGAGAUUUAUCUUUUCUGGAUCUUCACAGUCAAGUGGAAAAUUUAAACCAGCAGCCACUGGGAGACACUCGGGCCAAGCAGCACUGAGGUCAUCAUAAAGGCAGUGGAUUUUAUUUAUCGAGCUCAUUUUCAAAGAAAAAGAACAUUUAAGGAUUUAAGGACUUCCUAGUCCCUAUAAUGCAAGACUGAAGAAAACCUCCUCUGCUCAACAUGUAGAAGAAUGAAGAUCAUAUUUAUUUUUAUGGAUUUGUAUUAACUUGAAGACUUAAAAUUCUAACUUAUUAAAGUUUUACACCUUACUGGUUAAGGACAAAGUAAUUCUUCCUAAAAGCUACUAGUGAUGGACAAAUUAAAAGAGGAAGUCCUCCCUGAAAUCGAUUUGCUGCUUUAUUUAGAAAGUUUUAUUGGACAUUUCCAGCUCAGUGUGUUGGAAAAAGAUUUUUCUAUCAGUGUGGAUCUUGGAGAUGCAGAAGAUUGUAAAACAUCAACAGGAUUUGAUGUAACCAUAAAGUUUGGACACCACAUUCAGGACUUUUUGUUUCUUCAUGUUUACCAAAUCAGUUUAAUGCAAGUCUGAAUCAAAACAGGUCGGUUAUCGUGACACUGAUGUAGAGAAAGUGUUUACUUACAAAGGCUGUCCUGGAUGACAUCAUGUAACUGAUUUUCACAUGAGACUUUAUGUUUUUAAACUAAUUUAUCUAAUUUAGCUUGAAAUUAGCUGGUGGGCAGAUCUCUACAACAGAGUCAAUGCAUUUCCUAAGCUGACACAAAAUUUUUGUUGCCGUUAUCAGUGAUGAUUUCGUUAACCAAUAAUUUUCGUCAUGUACAUUUGAACUACCUCUGGUAAACGACACGGCUAGCUCCCAUUCUCCUUGUUUCUCAUGGAAAUGCAACAAAAUAUCAGCGCUUAUAGAAGAGUAGAGCAGACAUGUGGACACGUUGAUGCCAAGGAAAAGCAGACGCUUUGUGAACCGUGUGGGGCAACUCUCACACAACCAGCAUUUUAUAUGUUAGACAGUCAACUUUAGACUCAAAGAUUUAGCUGCUUACUGGAAAUGACUAAAACUACAUCAAAAUUUACUUUCAAAAUUAACGAUGACUGAGAGACUAAUGCCUAGCUGUUAUUUCAUUCCUCUUUAACUGAUGACCUCAGACAGAUCCUUCACUGACUAAUCUUAUAACCACUCCCUGAACACCAAACACCUGCAGGCAGGGCACCAAGAUGUUGUUUGUGCUGGUUGUUGUUUAUUGCUGCUUUUAUAGUUUAUAGCGGUUAUUUUGUAUUAAGAGUCACAAUGUAGCUCCAUAUACCUGCGCUCUGCAUUAUAAGCUCAAACAUACCCAGCAAACAUCCUGAGAGCCUCUCUCAGGUCAAAACUGACCAUAGUACGAUUGUUUCAGUCAACAAAUUCAGUUUUUUUUAAACAUGUCAGCCUGUCACAAGUAUUGUCAAUCAGUCAGUCAACCGAGUAGCAUCAGAAACAGGCUCAGAAGUUUGUGUGUUCAAUUCAUGGUUUAGGCUUCAUUGGACCAAUUUUUGUAUAUUUUGUUUUGUUAUAAUUGAUUAAGAAAGAGUAGAACACAAUUUUAGGACACAAAAUUUCUUAUCGUUGAAAGCAACAACAUCCAGGCCACGGAUGUGCAUUUUAGAUCGAGGGCCACAUACAGCCAACUUUGAUCUUAAGGAACAGACUGGAACAGGUCAGAAUGGAGUCUUUGUUGGGCCGAUUCUGGACCCUGGGCCUUAUGUUUCACUCCCUUGAUCUAGGCGAUGUUAAAGAGUAGAUCAAAAUGAUGUCUGUAAUGUCUACAACUUAGUUCAAAUUUAAGUUUGGAACAUUUUUUUCUAACCAGGAUAAAACAAACAAACAAAAAACAAGUUAUUCAACAUCAAAAUGUUUGCUGGGUAGGUGAAUAUUUACAAAAAGGCCUUUAUGUGCCUUUGAUUAUUUUUGCUUAUUUUAAUUUGUGUUUUUCGUUCCCUGCUUUAGCACUUUAUUAACUGCACCUUACAUUUAUUUCAGCUCAUUUGUCGUUAAGGCUUGACUUUCAUUUGCUUUUGUGUAGAAACUUUGUACAAAUGUUCCAGUUCUAAUUAAAAGUGUUGCACGCCUCAUCAAACUGGUCAUAUUUCAUUACCACUGUUGUCUUAUGUGUUUCACAGACUGAAAGAGCCACUGCUGCUGCACUGAAUUAAACUUGUGUGUCUUUGUGUUCUUUGUGCAUCUGUUCUGUUGUGUACAGAUGGAUACUGGGACUGUUCACAGUUUUGAAGAUUUUAUAUAAAGUUCAUUCUCAGAUGGAUUUAAAUAAAGUUAUUUUUUAUAUGAAUACAGUGACUGUGUGUGUGUGUACUCAUAUUCAAUUCUCUGUGAAUAUCUAUUUUAAAAUCAUUGGUCUCACACGUGCUUUUUUACACCAUUUGAAGCAGAACCAUCAUCUGAAGCCUUGUUUUUUGGUAUUUACAUGUCCUGUACAGUUUCUCGCUCUGUGGCGAGCUAGUUUUCCUCGCUUUGCAUGCAGUUUAAAGACAAUCUGUGAGUCAGGACCCUCCCUGCUUGCCUCACAGCCUCUAUGGUGAAAACACUCAUAUUACUAAUAAGACUUACAGUAAAAUAUCAUUGCUCACAAGAGUGACACAACUCCUGUUUUUUCCCAUGCAUUAUAAUUUUACUAAACUUGGAUGAGAAAUGUGCGAGGGAGGAUUAAUGCUUGGGCGAGACAGUCUGGGAAGAAUAGUUUCUUGUUUCACCUGGGUUUUUAUUCCACAUGACUCAUUAUUUUAAGAUCUUUAGCUGAUAAUGUUUAGCACCUUCAGGCGACUGUUGUUGUGAUUUGGUGCUAUAUAAAAAACAUUGAACUGAACUGAACUGAGAAAAUAAUGAACUCCGUGUUUUACACUCAUCUCUCAGUCAUAAUGUGACUCAUAUAUUAGUUCAAAUGGAACAGUAAGAAUUUAAUUUCAUAAAUUCAAGCUCAAAUUUAGCUUGGAUCUAGCCUGGAACUGUGGUCGGCUUUCACAGAGUUUUAUAUGAGAAUGUUCAUCUUUCCAUCCAGUUAAAUCUUGUGGGGCGAAGCUUGUUUUGCAGGCCCUGAGCUACGAGGUGGCCAUGACGGAUAUCAGGCGGCAGUUAUCGUGACUACAGCUGGCCCUGAACAUUCCUUUAUACUGAUGUAUCUGAAGGUUUCUAAUUAUUCAAUCAGUAAGAAACUGAAGAUUCUUUUAAUCCCAAAUAAAAAUCAAACCGAACUAAACACACGUUUUUAGAAACACGAGACUAAUUAAAAGCCACUCGAGUUAUAAAAUGAGGAAGAGUCAGACUGUGACAGCUAAAAGAUUUACGGCAUGAACACUGUGAUUGAAACCUCCCCAUUCACAGCCUGGAUGUUCACAUGAGCAGUAAGGAGGGGCUGCAUCGUUUAUUCAGCAAGUAGGAGGCAGACCUGACUGCAGCUGCACAGAGGAAGAAGAAGAUUUGCUUCUCUCAGCCACAGACUGUCUGAGCUUGCUCUCAUCAUGUGUGUCAACAAAUCGCACUUUGAGGACUCUUUUUUCCCUUUUCCACUCUGGACUUUAAUCCUGUGCUCGGCUUUCAUCGUCAGGACUCCUGUUCAAGGUGAGGUUCUGGUGAUUGGUUCAAAUCUUCCAAUCAUCGCCGCGCCAGGUGAUGAUGUCAUCCUGCCGUGUCACCUGGAGCCCAUGUUUGAUGUCCAGGGUAUGACGGUGGAGUGGUCCAAACCCGACCUGAAGCCCGACCCGUCGGACCGGCUGAGCCGAGUGGAGUACGUUCACCUGUACAGGGACAGGAAGGAGGUCCCCGACAUGAAGAUGGCCUCGUACUUCAGGAGGACGGAGCUGUUCAUGGACGACAUGAAACACGGGAACAUUUCACUGAAGAUCCUGAACGUGUCGGAGGAAGACAACGGCAGAUACAGAUGUUUCAUCCCCAAGCUGCAGAGCAGAGUCAAACCUGCUGUUGUUGAACUUUUAGUCGAUCCAAAGUACGCUAAGACCUCUACGACAGAGAGUCCCGUGUAUCCUAGAAACUUCCAAACUCCAGAUCCUCGUGAGAUGUCUCCAAGAAAUAGUCGGUCCAGGGUCUUUCUGGUUGUCGUAGUUGCUGCCUUUGUGUCGGUUGUGGCUGUGACUGCAUAUUUCUCUCGCCGUCAAAUAAAAUAAGCAUCAAGGCGACGAAGUGACCCAAACCAACCAUAACAAUUCCAGGAGUUCAAAGGAGGGUUGGUGUUAAUGGACCUGAGAGCGUUGGAGAUUUACCUUUUCUGGCUCUGCUGGAUCCUGAUAGUCAGGUUGGAGGUUCAAACCAGCAGCCACAGGAAGACACUUGGCCCAGCAGCACUGAGACCCAUCAUAAGGUCACUUCUAUAAACGGAAUCUGAUUUAAACUUCGACCUCAGGUGAAGACUCAAGUGUUGUAUCAGAAAAAACACAGCAUGGGAAAUCUGGAUAUCUAAACAGUAAAUCUAUGAAACAAGCCACAUGUAGGUUAUUCUUUAAAUUGGAUUCAGAUCCAGUGAAGUAGCCAGUCUAAAACCAAUGGUUAAAUUCUUUUCCAUUCCUUGUCAGCAACAUUAUUUCGAUCUAACCCUAAUGAUUGUUUAAAAACCAACAUGUACACUGAGCUAAUGCCAAGCAGGGGUGAAAAUGCCCCAAACUGCAGUUCAUCUACUCAAGUCAGCCCUCACAGACUGUCAUGUUAAAAGCCAGCAGAAAUCCACGUCUUCAUAGCCAGCUACAAAAACAGUUUCAAUUUCUAUGGAUGUGUUCAUCCUCUAUAAUUGUACACUAGUUGAAUAUUUCUUGCAACUUUUAACUUUUGAGUUCAAAGGCUCAAAGGAGGAGAGGAGCAGAGAUGUCCAAGCUUCGCCUCUUUGUAGUUGUGGUGUGGUUUGUGGCUCAGCUGCAGGGGAGGGGUGGAGCAGUGGGUUCAGGGUGUGGUGAUCUGGAUGAGAGACUAGAGGCUAGUUUGAAUGUGACUCUAUCAUGUCGUUGCAGUUUUGUUCUUUUGUCCAUCUCUUUCACCCUCUUUGUACUUUCUUUUUUCACUUGUAGCUCUCUGUCAAACACUGGAGGACUGCUUGGACUUCAUUAGAGACCUGAAGUUCAGUCUGGAGAUCAACACUUAGCAGGAUAAGGAGCAUUAUUUAUUACUGUCAGGUUUAAUGUUCUCAUUUAUUUAAAUUGUACAUCUUGCUGGUCAAGGUCACCUUGAAUCUUUCAGUGAGGCUUCUGAAUGACCUCCAGUGGACAAAUUUAAUCUAGGACCUGGCGUCCACAUAUGUGGACAUCACAUUUUGGGUUAUUUUGAACAAAAUACUCAAUUUUUCUUUACAAGGGCCUGAUAUUCAC